CCGCGUGCGCACCUUCGCCGAACGGCAUUGCGAUCGCUGCUCAGGCUGAAGAGGAUCUGCUCUAGCGAGGCUUCCAUUGAAUCAUGAGGACGGACCUCCUCCCAGCGACAGUGGUCCUUGUCCUUCCUGUUUUCGCUCUCGCUAUUCAGGACCAAUUGGACACGGCUGCCAACUAUCCACCCCAGGUCCCCUCUGGAGAAGAAAUCGAUCUCAAUAAGCGCGGCUAUGGUUCGUUGUGCGAAAAAGACGAUGACUGCUUCAUAGGCCGUGGUCUCGCUUGCGUCGGCUCGCGUUGCAACUGUUCCACGAAGAACCCGCUUCGCAUAAGAGACAGCACUGGAAUCCCGACCUGCCUCAAAGCCAAGGCCAUCUACGAAGCAUGCACGUACGACGAGGAAUGCGUCCGGGGAAGCGAGAACCUCAAAUGCGUCGACUAUCUCUGCUACUGUUCACUGCCUUUCAUUCUCAGAGAUGACAUGCAGUGCGUGGCCGCUCGGCCACCCAUGCUGCGAACGCUGGUGGCUGUAGUUCCUACGGUGUUCCUCCUGUUCAUCAUCUUCAUACUGGGUGGCACGUACAUUUACCAAAGGCUCUUCCACCAUCAGGAGCCCGGAGUCCGAAGAGAGCCAAGCGGCGAACCGGAGAGUCAACAGGGAUCAGCAGAAGCUGUCGCAAAGCGCUCAUACACCGGGAGCAACGCCAUCAAGUUGCAAAAUACCAACCUUUCCGGCAUUUAUCGGCAAUUUUUACGAUCCGCACAGGCGUCUCAUAGCCGAGAAAGUGUGUCCGCGGCCUCCAGACCUACACCUGGUUUCCUGGCUACGCCAAAGGCUGUUCGUGAUCAACCACGUGGUGCUUCGUUCUCUCCUACCUACUUCAGGGAUGUGAUUUCUUCAUCGACUGAGGAAGACCUAACGGAAGUGAAAGUGUGCAGAGGAGACGCGGAAAACCCACCGGGAGCGGACGAUCCGAUUCCUUUGAUGCUCGCAAAGAAGAUACUCGGCGCGUCUUUGCUGAACAGCAUCACGAGCUCGGAAGAAGUCGUCGUUAAGGUUGAGACGAAAGCUAAAGAAGCCGUCGAUAAAAGUGCGGACAAAGCUGAAAAGCGUCCGAAGAAAGUCGAAGAGAAGAGGCGACAAAGUGAGAGCAAGAAAGGUGCGGUUGAAGUUACGCAGACGGAAAAGUUUUCGUGUGUACUUGACAAGGGCACGGAACAUCGUUCGCAACAUGUGGGUGACGUCUCCCCUCCCACGAAACUCUCCAGAGCAGCGCCGCCACCACAGGCCGAUGAGCCCAAGAAGACCACUACCGUUCGUCGUCUACCUUCCAGUGACUUGCAGAGAGAUCACGUUGAACCAGAACUCUACGAGGGCACCCAGGCGGAUUUAACGAUGACGCCGACGCUACCGCUGCGGGAGAAGAACACGCUGGGUAUCGGCACUCCGUUCGUGGACACCGAAGAUCCUCUCCCGGAAUCCGAGUCCGUCGGGCUUUCAUUCCUGUCUCUAGCGUCCAGUCACGAAGUGCUGCCCAAACCCGAUAUCCAAAGCAAAUCUUUCAGAGCUAGGCUUAGUGAAGAGAACCGCGUGCAUCAGGGCAGCCAUUCGUUGGAUGACGGGAAACUCCGGUUUUGCCGGUUUUCACCACUGGACGUGGAGUUCGACUUGAACCUUCUGCCUUCUUUGUCAAACGACCCAUAUUCUGCUGAACAUUACCUGGAAGUUGUGCACGAAGAAGAAAUCGCAGACGGGCAGUCUACUGAGAAUGUUAGAGAAGUUGAUCCUGUUACAGCGCAGUCGUCUGUUCGUACCGCUCCUCAACUGCCGACAGAAAAUCGUGGCGGGACCACGGAGGGCAGAACUGUUGGAGGUGCCACAGACAAAAAUGGGUCAUGUGACCCUAUACAGACCGCUACUGCACCUGUAAACGUUGCGGAACAGGAAACUGUAGCUGAGAAAAGUGCAGGUACUGGACGUAAGUCAUCGAAGGUUAUUUCUGCGAAGACUGUGAAACCUGAGACAGCACGUGAGCCAGAGGUACUUGUCCCAGACAUAGGGAACAAAGCAAAGCAAACAAUCCUUCCUGAGAGUCCUAGUUGUCCCUCAAAGCCUGAGAUACCCACCGUCAAAGAUUCUGAAAAGCGACGUGGCCCAUUGAGAAGUUCGGCGUCUGGAGUUGAGCAGCAGGACGACGUGCGAAGACUUCUUCGGCUGACUUCGCCGCUGGCCGAUGGAGGAGGGGUCAAACGGGAAGACAGUGCAUCGCGACGUACAGGAAGACGAGGGGCUGUAGUACAGCUACCAACGAUGGCAACAGUCGACGAAGAGUCCACGCAACGUCCUGAGUGUUCCUCUAAAAUUGAACGCAAUCUAGGCGCGGUUCAAGAUGUCCGCACGAGAGCACGCAAAUCUCCAGAACCUCCAGAGUCCUUAGACUCCGCUAAGGGCAAGAGUUCAAAAACGCCAGUUACCGCCAAAACGACAUUGAGCUCAGCACAGACCGCUGUACCAGACAAGGACUUCCGCCGCAACGUGGGCAACGCACGGGGCCAACAGAAGCCAUUACGUCAACAGAAGUCAUUAUUACGUGCUGGUCCUUUUCGACUUACAGGCUCCAUUUCCAGACUACCAAAAGUGGAGGAGGGCCAUCCCCUCACGUCCAUAGAACAGGAUGACGUCCGUCCCGACGUUCAUACUUCGCGCAUACUUCUCGGUUCGAGAAUUUCGAACCCGUCCGUUGACGCGGGCGUCGGCAGGGCGUCGUCUCUAAGUCUUAGACGUUUCUCACCGAUGCCGGUCUCCCCCACGACGUCUGCCAAAGGCCGCGCGGGACGUCCAGGAUCCAGGAGACUUCUUCGUAGCUCUUCCACUGCUUUGAACAAAUCCUCAUUGAAACUUGCACGGUCCCGACGGGAUAUCGCCGCGACAUUCGGUGAAGCUAUCCAGGCCCUGAAGAGGAAAUCUUCGAAGCCUUUGAAGGAGGAAGUGGAUACUGGAGCAAGUGACCACGUUCCAAGUUCCUCGACGACGCAGAGGACGGAAAGGAAGAGCGAUAAAACGGAUGCCGACGAAGACCUGGCGAAGGAGAUACAGGAUGCUGUUAGGACGGGUAGUACUUCGUCUGGGAGUCAUGACAUCACUGAGGCGCUGACAAAGAUCAAGGUGGCCAUGAUGGGUAACGAGCAUUACAGGCGCGAGAGGAAUGUCCUGCAAAGACCAUCCGCCAGGGCAACACCCAGCGAGAACCGUCCAUCCAUUCCCACGGGUGUAGCACUGAACGAGACCCAGUACAUCCUCCAGUACGACAUCAAUUUUCGUCGGCAACAACGGCGCAGCAGCGAAGCGAUCUGCACUCGCUCACCAUCACCCACCAGGAACUGCCGACCUGUGCCGGGAGUGGAGUUUUCCCCUCGCCCUAGCACACCACCGUCCGAAGUAUUUGUCUCCAAGAACAUGGCGGGUGUCUGUGAUGUUUCUCCCAGCUUCAUAAAGUCACUUUUGGACCAAGAACUUAUACAGGUAUCUCCGCUGCCUUUGAAGGAAAUCAUCAGGCUCAGAUAUCCUCACAUGACGCCUAUUAUCGCUCGUAAGAAAAACGCUUCCAGCUCGAAAACAACUUCGAAGCACCAAAGAAGUUCCAUCUUGGCCACCUUGAACGAGGCCAGUACCAGUCACACAAAUCCGGAUAGCGUCUCCUGUUCUGAAUUCCUCGAGCAAGGGGAAGUCUAUGGGAAACCAAUUCCAAAGCCACGCUCAACGUCACACAGAAUGGAAGAGAAGACCGAUGAACCUAGACCAGUACCGCGCAAGCGAAAUGUGACGUCGAAGCGUGCCAAUCGAGGAAGGCUUCACCUGAUCACUGGCAACGUCCUUGACGUUGGACCUCAUCCUGUGGCAGCAUUUGUUCAGCCUCUGCAUUUAAGCCCUAAAGACUCCUUUACAACCAUUGGAGACACGUCUUCGACCAAAGCGAGCCGUCAAGCAAAGCGACAGAAACAGCGUCGCCUGACGGCAGGUGACAGCGCCGUCGAACGGAAUGGAGACCUGGAAGUCCUAUACGACGCAGCUAUCACCAGGGCUGAGGCUGUUGGCUUGAGAAGUUCCAUCAAUUCCACAAACUUGCACGAUGAGACGCCGCGCACUCAAGCUGCGCCUUAUAACGAUGUGGUAUCUCGCCGACAAGACGUCAACGAUUCCCGCCCAAAUUCCCGCACUCGUCGCAGGCUCCACCCUUCGAGGCAUCCCCGCCGAUAUUCUUCCGAGCCUCAUCGUUCAUCCGGAACCAUCACCUUGGCGGCUAAGAAGCAGUUCUCAGAACCUCUACGGGGCCAACUAGCUAUCAUACCCGAAGUCACCAACGAGGCCUCGCCCACCCCUUCGACGGAGUCUUCCUACGAUGCCAUAUCGUCCCUCGACGAUCCUUCUAGUGAUUCCGAUAACACAAGGUCGUCGUACUCAACGCCGCCUCGACAUAAACCCAAGCAACCUGAUAUCACACUCUGCAGGAAAACUACCAACAUGGAUAACGUGCCCAAGAAACCGAAACCUUAUUCCAUUACGCCUACGUCGUCCGCGUUCUUCACAUCCGACACCUCCUCUUACCUGGGUGCCUCUUGCGUGCCUUCGUCGCUCCGUGGGAAGCUGUCCGACGUAGAGGUGUGUGUUCGAAGCAGCGUUAUGGAAGGUACCACAACUGAGGGCGUUCUCAGUAUUGACCUGGGAAGAACGACGUUGGUGAAUGACCCUUCGAGGGCGUCGUCAUUCCGAAAGAAGACUAUGAAGAAGAUCGGCAGCAGAGUGCGGGAUCUGCGAAGGGUAUUCGAAGACUCGUCGAGGGAUGUAACGCAGAAGUGCAGUUCCAUUCGUGAUAAGUUUGGAAUAGUUUCGGCUAGGGUUAAUCAGUGGAGGACUUCGAAAUCUCAUCCACAGAGAGACGUCGCACCGAUGCUGGUAACUGAGAGUCACCGUCCAUUACAAGUCCAGGAAGUCGAGGAACAAGUGACCACGUUUCACCAGAUGAUGAAAGCGCUUCAGAAGAGCAGCACUAGUGUGAUAGCUGCUAUUGGUGGGUCCAGUGUUCCUUCUCGUACGGCCUCUCCAAGAAGCAGCCCAAGCCAUCUUCACGAGAGCGCUUCACGCGAAUGGAAGGAACCUGCUGUCGAACCAGAACCGGACAGCUCUCUGGAGAGCUUCCCAGGACACAAUGAGCCACCUGGCAGGAGGGAGCAUUUGAAGGAGAAAGUCAUUGCGGAGAUGGGCCUCUCCGACUGGCAGAGGAAGCCGUUGCCCAGAACGAGAACGAAGCGAGCGCCUAGCCCGCGGCUGCUGAGCUAUGCUGUCUGGCCUGGACGGGAGCAGCCCGAUUCGUCGACGUCCUUCUCUGUCCUGGAAGCGAGUGACGUCGAUUCUCUGUUCGCCGUGACGUCAAUGGAAGGGGGCUCCAAGCCGUAUCAAUGUUUCGGCAUGACUGCGUCCUCCACGUCCAACGUUCCCGUUUCUCGUAGUUUGCAUAUAGAUACUUCAGAGUCUGAAUGGUAUUCUUGCUCUGAUACCGAGCACGAUGCAUAAUACAUGAUGUUCAACAACA